AUCAUCAUUCUGCAACUUGUUCCGUAAACUACUAUUGUGUUUUGUUUCCAUGUUGAACUGUACGGAUCACCAGAAUGUUUCGAAAAGAGCUCAAAAAGUUCAAAAAAAGUGGUUCUUUCUAUAGAAAAAUGAAAAAGGAGAAGGAAAGCUUUAUGCUGAUAUACGUGUGGGAACUACCAAUAGUUCUAAUAUGGACGAAACCAGCAUUACUACUCCAGGUUUGUACUGGGCUCCCAAGCUUUAAUUCCAAUUUAAUGAAAAAAUCUAAUAUUCCAGGAGUAGCUGAGAUGUUCUGUAAACCAUCUGAAGUACCAAUUCAUCAAAGGAACGUUCAGGUCAAAACCACUGUCAAUAUGGAAGCGACGCGAAAUCCAGACUUUGACUUGGGACAAAACAACAUCUCUGAUGAUAAUUCUUCGGAAACGGAUGUCAUUUUGAAUGAAUAUUGUCGAAAAAAAUCUAGCGAGACCUUACAGCAAUGGGCCAUCAAACAUAAUAUUACCCAUCAAGCUGUAAAGGAACUCCUAUCGAUCCUAAAAAAUCAAUAUAAUGAUAACGACCUUCCAAUGGAUCCUAGAACUUUGCUACAUACUCCUACAAGUACUCCAGUGAUCGAUAUUCCAGGAGGGCAAUAUUGGCAUCAAGGCUUGGAAAACUGCCUACGAAAUGCCUUCAAGGAUCUGGACCGGAACAUAACGAUUCAUCUCAACGUAAAUGUUGAUGGACUCCCCAUCCACAAAAGCUCUAAACAUCAAUUAUGGCCUAUUUUGUGUAAUAUACAUCAAAUGCCUAAUAUAAAGCCGAUGGCUGUAGGAAUAUUUAUUGGGAAAUCAAAACCGCUCUCAGUGUCUGAUUACCUUAAACCGUUUGUUGAAGAGUUGAUCCCGUUGAUGUCUCAUGGAAUUCUCGUAAAUGGAAAAUCUAUAGAAAUCAAAAUCCGGUGCUUUAUUUGCGAUUCACCAGCUCGAGCAUUUCUUAAAGGUGUUAUCAAUUUCAACGGCAAGGACGGCUGUUUGAAAUGCACUACCAGCGGAGAAUACUCUCAGAUAUCUAGGACUGUUGUGUUCCCCAAUAUACGGUGUAAGCUUAGGACUGACGAAAAAUUCCGCCAGAAGGAAUAUGGGAAACAUCACCGGGAGUACUCUCCUAUUCUGGAAAUUCCUGGCGUUGACAUGGUCCAAGAUUUUAUCAUCGCUGACUCACUUCACCUGCUGGAGCUGGGUGUAAUGAAGCGGUGUUUAAUAGGCUGGCGAGAUGGUAGCCUCGGUUAUGCUGGGAAAUUAAGUGCAAAUCAAAUCGAGAAGCUAUCUAAAGAUAUUCAAAACGUUAAACUACCAUCAGAGAUUCAUAGAUCUAUGCGAGGAUUAGACUGCUUGGCUCAUUGGAAAGGAGUGGAAUGGCGUAAUUUACUUAACUACGUUGGGGUUGUAGUUUUCAGAGAUGUAUUGCCUCAAAAUGUUUAUAAUCAUUUUUUGCUCUUAUUUAUUGCGGUGACAAUUUGUUCUUGCGACAUUUAUUCAAAACAUCAACAGACUGCUCAGCUCAUGUUUGAAAAAUAUAUAUAAGAAUCAAUACGGUUCUGAAUACGUGACUAGCAAUAUUCAUAAUUUGCAACAUAUUAUGAACGAUGUUAACAGAUUUGGUUGCUUAUCGACCAUCUCAUCAUACCCUUUCGAAAAUUGUCUCUUUCAAAUUAAAAACCUUAUUCGACAAGGAAACCACAAUCUUCAACAAGUCGCCAACAGAAUGCACGAAAAACAUAUUGCGGAACAAUCAUCGCAUAAAUCAGAAGAAAAGUAUCCUAGCGUGACAACAAUAAGAAAUGAAGUGCACUGCAAAAUUGAUGAACAUGUUUCGCUAAGUAGUGCAUUUCAUGACUCUUGGUUUUUAUCGAGUAAUAACGAAAUUGUUCACUUCAUCAACGCAAUACACGAGAAAAAUGAGGCUAUGAGCAUCUAUGGCAAACCCAUAACAUUCAAACAAGAUUGGUUUGAGAUUCCAGUACGCUCAUCUCUGUUUCACAUCUAUCUAGGAAACAUAUC